CCACGGGGGCACGGAGGGCGUGGCCGCCUCCGAUGAGAGAAACAUUAGCGCUCAGAUUAUGACUAUAAUCUGUCAGCGAUAAGCGCCGCUCUCUUAUCUAUCGGCGGCGUCCGAUCAAGGGCGCGAGAAAGGACUUCGUUAUUUAUCGAGGGCAGAGGCGAGGCAUGAGCCCGCCCUCCCGUCUAUUGGGAAGAAACCCGCGUCGAGAACGAGAACGGACUUAUCUCUCGAGGGCAUCUGAGUAGCGAGAUGCGGGAGCGAUCUCUGUUAUCUGUUGAGCGACUUGGCCGUUAACAGAAGGAAAAGGAACUGGGAAAAGAGAAAAAAACAGUAGAGAUAAGAGAUAGCAAGAGAUAACAGAAAAAGCACAGAGAACAGAAAUCACAAAAAUAGGAGGAUAGAGAAAACACGGAUAAGGGAGAAUAGGGAAAACAAAGCUAAGGACAAAAGAGAACACAGAUAAGAAAGAACAGAGUAAAGAGGCAAAGGGGAGACCCAGAAAGGAGAGAAGAGUGAAAACGAAGAUAAAGAAAAACAAGAAACAAACAAAAAACGGAGAUAAACGCGGAAAAAUAAAACAGAAAGAGAGAUAAAACAGAGAGAAACAGAGACGACGUAAGGAGAGAAGCGGAGGGAGGACAGCGCGCGCAGACAGACUCGCUUGCCCCUUGUUUUCUUCAGACGGAACGAGAUGUUCUGGCUUCUCGACGACUCGCUCUUCGGACCCGAUGGACCGCACGGGGGCUACGUCCCCUUCGUGGAGAUCCCGUGUGAGGACCAGCUCGGGGAGACCAUCAAGUGGAUCACUGUGCUCAGCAUCGCGCCCAUCGCCUGUCCGCUCGUGCCCUGGCUCUGCUGCCCGCUCGAGAUCGGCAACACCAGCAUCACCAUCAGCGCCGACCAGGACUGCGAGGAGAUCGGCGCCGUCUACGGCUCCACCAUCUUCUGGACCAUGCAGGCCGUCUCCAUCCUGGGCCUCGUCCUGUCCUUCGCCAGCCUGCUCACCUGCGGCGCCGGGGAGGCAGGCUUCGAGGUGCCGCCGGUGGCUCCCGUCGUGCUGGCAAUGGACAUCUCUGACGCCGUGGCAGGCCAGAUAGACUUGGACGAGGUACUGGAGAUCGGGCCCCUGCAAUUCGUGACUGACAAGGUAGUCCAGAUCCUACACGAAGGCUACAAGAAGGAGGUGGCCAAUGAGCUCGCCCAAGCCGAGGCCGAGGGAGGAGGGACGGCCGCAAGGUCUGGAGGAAGAGAGGCCCAGGGAAGGACCGCGAACGACACGGCGCAGGAGGUUCAUAGGAGGGCCAAGAGACAGGUCAUUAACAUCCCUAUACCUACCUUACAAGGCCACGUUCCAGGGCGCGACGACCCCCCCUCGGACGCCUGCGAGAGAGACGAGGUGCUCCUCUCCGACGGCGACUGCCACGAGCUGCUCAAACAGGGCCCGUGCGAGGAGGAUGAGAUCGUGCUGAUGGACCGCGCCUCCAGGCAGGGCUACUGCGGCGCGCGCCUGUGCAAUCCCGAUCGUGUGUUCGUAUUCGGCGACCAGCAGUGCCACGACCCCAACGAACCAGGGAUCUGCCCACCCGGACGCCGCCUGUUCACGACCGGCUUCGGGACGCCCGUGUGCGGCUGUCCGGACGGCACCUACGAGGAGGACGACGACCUCGACGACGACGUGUGCGAGCCGGUCCUCGCGCGCCUCUCCGAUUGCCCCCCGGGCGAGGUGUUCUGGUUCACGAGCUUCCGGCGCCCCCCCGAGUGCGUGCCCGACCCCUGCAAGGGACUCAACCUCAAGCGCGGCCCCAGCGACCUCCCCUUCGCCCCCUCCCUGCACGACGGGAAGUGCUACCAGAUCGGCUCGCGGCCGCCCUUCUGCCAGAGCGACGAACUCUACUCGCUGUCGUUCGAGCUCCUGCGCGGCGUGUGCUCGACGCUCGACGACGCCGGCUACCAGCUGCUCGACGCCGACACGCUCGACUUCCUGGCCAGCGUCUACGGGUCCCCGCUGCCCCGCGACGCGCCCGCCAAGGACUCCAAGGACUCGCGCACCAAGCCUUCGUCCCCCUCGUCGUCCAGCCGCCGCCGCCCCUCCUCGUCCUCGUCCUCGUCCCGCAAGGGCGUGAAAGCCAAGAUCACGCCCGCCGGCACGACGCUGCUGGUGCCGGCGCCGCGCCCCGCCAUCGGCUCCUCCGUCAUGAAGGCGGCGGCCAACGUGAGCUUCCCGCCGCCCUUCAUCAUGGGCCAGUCAGUCGUGGCCAACCACCACGACGACGCCGACGACGACGCCCUCGAGGACGCCCACACCAUGGUCGCGCUUCUGCCCACGCACAUGAACGCCUUCUCGCCGCCGCUCAUCGCCGUCAACGGCUCCGUCUCCGUCCUCGGCUUCCUUAGCAACCUGGUGCCGGGCGCGCCCCCCCUGCACCACCGGGGGCGCCGUUCCCCCCAACCGUUCGCCUCCCCCGGCAACGUGAUCGAGCCCGGCCUUUCCGCGUGCCGUGCCGGUGCCAGGCGUGACGGCAACGCCAAGUGCCGUGACACGGUCCUUCCCAGCCGAUACCCCCCCUCCCGCCCCCGCAGAACUGCCGCGCCCGUCCCCGCCCGGCCCUCCUGCCCGCCCGGAAGCCUCUGGGGCCUGGACCGCAAGUGCUCCUCCAGCUCGCAGGGCAUCGCCAACUCCAUCUCCAGCGUCGGCCUCGGAUAAGCCCCGGCCUUCGAUGCUCCAGCCGGAUUUUAUACCAAUUCUUUUCUAUUUUGUGCUUUGGUUCUCUCGUUUUUUAGUGUGUUUUUUUAUCUACUUCUCUUUUCUUAUUUUUUUUAAUCUUGUGUUUCUUUUGUUCAUUUUCGUUUAUGCAAAUUUUAUUUCCUUUUUUUCUCUCUCUCUUUCCUUUCGCCUCCGUCUCCCUGUUUUGGGCGCGGGACGUUUGUCUUGAGUCGCCGACGAUCUGUUUCUCUUUUACUCCAUGUUUACAGGAAACAGAAAAAAUAUUUAAAGGAUAAAAAAAAGACAAUUAUAAACUAUAUUUUCCUUUAAAUUCGCUGUUUUUGCGCAGUAGACUAUUCUAGUCAGCCAUUCGGAGUUACUCGUUUUUUAAACUUGGCAUUAUCAUUCUCUUCUCCUUAUACUGAACUGCUUUGAGACUUUCCACAGUGUAAUCUAUUCAGUGAUCACGACGGAAAUGGUAAUGAUAGUGUUCCUAAUCACCAAGGGCUUCCUAAUGGCGGCUUCAAAAAGCAAAAACAAAACGAAACGAAAGGAAGACAAACGUCCUGCGCCGGGGAUAAAAACCGUAUCAUAAGUAAACUCAAAUAUCUAAGUCCUUUUGUCUUUAAAGUUCCGAGCAGCGUAAAUUCACGAUUUCAUUAAUAUUUUAGAGUUAGUGAUAAUUUUGUGUAUACUUUAGUGUUUUAAGGGAAAAUGAAGCUUGGACUGCGUUGAGACCCGCUGGCUGUUGAAGGAAGAAGACAGUAACGAAAUAUAUAUAUAUUUGAGAUUUUUUUUACAAAGUAAUAAAACAAUAUAAUGUUCCUUAUAAACUUGCUAUGUUUAUUGUUCGUCGUAGAAAAUGUUUACAUUAGAUCGACUGGGUUUAUUUUCAAAUGUUUUGAAACCGAAAUGCGCUUUAAAAAAAAAUAUAUAUAUAUACAUAAAUAUAUUUGAAACCGAAAUGCGCUUUGCAAAAUAAUAAUAAUAAUAAAUAAAUAAAAAAUAUAUAUAUUGACUUGCAGACCGAAAAUAAGAAAAAAAAUCAACAAAGCAGGUUUAUUCUCAAAUACAUAUAUAUUUUGUCGCAUAAUAUCAACCCAGUGGGCGGUUUUGUCAUUCAGAGAAAGAGCAGAAACCGUGAUGAUGUUUUUGUGAUUUUCAAAAUUCUUUCAAUCAUUAAUCUUUAGACAUAUUUCUGUCUGUGUUACCGUGAGGCAUUAGGAACACAGCUCUCUCAAAAUCCCGAUCCUUGCUUGCGUAUCCAGAAAUGUACAAUGUAAUGCAUGUGUAGAUAAGCCCUGGGCAUUUAUUCAUUGGUGAUAUGAA